CCGCGAAGGGCCGGGUCUGGUGCUCUGGGGCUGGCUUUGGACCUCUCGUCCUGGGACUCCGUGGGAGCCCGGGAGCUGUGUCAGUGCCCGUUGGUGCUGGAGCCAGUCGGCCCUUCCUUGGCCUCCUUCAGGCGGGGGCCGAGACCCCCGAGAGUUCACUCUGGGUGCUCCACUCGGCGGAGACGGCUUCAGACUGGUGUCCCGCGUGGCUGGGGUGUCGGCGCAUUCCCGCGGGGGAGGAGGCCGAGGGCCCGGGCCGGGGUCACCUGCCGGCGCCCCGGCCUUGCGCACAGAGGGCCUUGCCUGUCGCUCGUCAAAUCCAGACACCUGGGCCUCCGCCACUCGGCUGCCAGGGCGGCACUGGGGCGUCUGUACCCAGCGUGCGGGAGGGCACCCAGGGCCGGACGCGCACCGCAGGGGUCUUUUUUUGGCCGCGGGGCCGGGCGGGCGGGUAAUGACAGCCGGGUUGCUGGGGAGCCGCGGGCCAGAUGGAAGCGGGGCCGCAGGUGAGGGACGUCCCUCGCGCAGCGUCACUCAGCCGCCGGGGCCAGAGCGGGAGGCAAGGUGAGGGCGCCCCCAGGUGGUCGCUCUCGGCCGCGGCGAUCGCCCUUUGGGAAAGCACCGCCCGAGUGCAGGGCAGGUUGGCCUGGUGUCUCUUUCCACUUCUCUUGGAUCAGGUUACUGUGCUGGGGCCACAGCCUCGCACCUCCCAAUCUCUCCAUCUUUUCUUAUCUUCUCCCUACACCUCUCUCCUUAUCUCUCCCUUUACUUUCGCCUCCUUAUUCUCUUCUCUCCUCUAAUCACUCUUGUUCUCCAUCGGCCUUACUCCUUUACAAUCUUUAUCUCCACUUGAAGUUCUUGGGUGUAAAUAAAUGAGCACACCACAGCUGCCCCACACGGCGAUAGUGACCAAUACUCCAAUAUGACAGAUAAAUAAACUAAGGCCCAGACAGGUGAACUGCCUUGCUCCAGGUCACACAGCUCAUAAUAAUAAACGGGGCCAUGCGCGGUGGCUCACGCCUGUAAUCCCAGCACUUCGGGAGGUCGAGGCGGGCGGAUCACCUGAGAUCGGGAGUUCGAGACCAGCCUGACCAACAUGGAGAAACCCCGUCUCUACUAAAAAUACAAAAUUAGCUGGGCGUGGUGGCAGGAGAAUCACUUGAACCCGGGAGGUCGAGGUUGCGGUAAGCCGAGAUAGCACCACUGCCCUCCAGCCUGGGCAACAAGAGUGAAACUCCGUCUCAAAAAAAAUAAUAAUAAUAAUAAUAAUAAAUGGCAUUAAGUGCUUUGCUUUCACAGAAUGCCAUUUAAUAUAAUACCUGAAUUUCAGACAGUCCUUUUUAAAAAACUGACAGCUUUAUUGAGGUAUAAUUUAUAUACUAUAACAUCCACCCAAUUUAAGUAUGCAAUUAAAAGAUUUUUAGUAUAUUUACAGAGCCAUGCAAUCAUCAUCACAAUUUAAUAUGAAAACAUUCCCCCCACCCCACCCCCACCAAACUUGUGCCCUUUUACAGUCACUCCUCAUUCCACCCCUAGCCCCAGGCAAGCACUGAUCCAGACAGUCUUUUUUAUUUUUCUCCAUUACUCUAGUUUUAUAGAAGAAUGACUUGAUAAUCAGAGAAGUUAAAUAACUUGUCUAGGAUCUUAUAGCUAAUAAAUAAAUAAAGUCAGGGUAGAAUUUAAGGCUUUAUAUAUCCCAGUCUAAAGUUCUUUCUACCAAAGGGUGAUGUUUCUCCUUCACCAUUAUUUAUUAUUUUGUUUUUCUUAACCCCUCUUUUACAUAAACUCCCCAUUCCCAACCCACUCUCUUGCACCUCCUCCCUCAGAAAAUGCUGAGGGAUUUCCCUGAGUCUAAGGAAGCAGUACAGCAAUCUUUGUCCUUGGAAAUUCUUCUCCAUGGCCAGGAAUUCUGGGGAGGUGCCAGGCCAGCUUGGGGCUUUGCAUAGGUUAAUGGCGUUUUCCUCCCCUCUUCCCUGGCAGUCUUGGGGUGGGCCCCAGCCUGGGUUCCGGCCUCUCUUCCGCCAGCUUGGGUGGAAAUGGUGACGGAGAUGAUGCAGUCCAGGUCCGGAAGGGUGGAAGCUGGGAGGGUAAAUUUAGUAACACCAUAGCUAAGGUCCUCGGGACCCACUGCCAGGGUCAGACACUCCUUGGAAUGCGGGCUGCUGCCCCUACUUCCUUUCCAAGUCCCCUGGUAGAUGGCUUGAAGAGAGAGUGGAGGGAAACCCUGUUUCCCUGGGUCUGCCUCCUUACCCCUCAGCCACACUCUUAGCUUUCCCCAGUAACAUUUCAGCAGCAAGUGGGAAGUUUCUCAGCUUAGCUAGUUGGCCAAGGGAUGGGCAUGGGGGCAUACAUUAGUACACAAAGGUCCUCACAUCUCAGAUACCAAAAACAUAGCCAGGGAGAGAGGGAUGCAUGGUGGGUGAGGGGCAGUGGGGUGGUGGUGGGGAGUACUCAAGUUCUGGCUCUGGAAUCUGUCUUACUCCUGGUUCUAAUGGUUUAAGCUUCCUAUAGCACCUAGCCAAUUAAGAACCCAAGAGUUGAGCCCAAUAUUCCCAGUAUUAGUUAUCACUAAAGUUUUUUGUUUUUAAUUAAAAAAAAUUUUUUUUAGCUGAUUGUGUUGGGUUGAGGUUGCUUUCUGGGGAAGAAAAGGUGUAGGAGUUGAGACAUCUGGAGAUAGCAGGAAUGGCUGAGUUUUUCUUUUGUGUCUCCUUUAAGAAAACAUCCUACUAAAGCCCUGGGAAAAGAGACAAAUGGUGAAGAGGAGAAUGAAAGGUUGCAGGAGGGAGCUCCUGUUUUAGCCCUGCCACCUACCUGGGGGCCCUCUGGCUACCAGUGUCCUUGGAGGGGCUUCCUUGCUGCUUCUCCCACUAAGGAGCUCUGGAGCCUUAGGACCAUGGACGCUGUCAAUAGGAACCAAACAGGCCCUGGAUGCAAGACCCAGACCGUGGUGCAGAAAGGACCCUUGGACCUGAUCGAGACAGGCAAAGGGCUGAAAGUGCAAACGGACAAACCCCACCUGGUGAGCCUGGGCAGUGGGCGACUCAGCACAGCCAUCACCCUCCUGCCGCUGGAGGAAGGGAGGACGGUGAUUGGCUCUGCAGCCAGAGACAUCUCACUACAGGGCCCAGGCCUGGCUCCAGAGCACUGCUACAUCGAGAACCUGCGGGGCACCCUCACCCUCUACCCCUGUGGCAAUGCCUGCACUAUUGAUGGGCUCCCUGUCCGGCAGCCCACCCGGCUCACUCAGGGCUGCAUGUUGUGCCUGGGUCAGUCCACCUUCCUUCGCUUUAACCACCCGGCUGAAGCCAAGUGGAUGAAAAGCAUGAUUCCAACAGGGGGCCGAGCCCCUGGGCCCCCCUACAGCCCUGUUCCUGAAUCAGAAAGUCUGGUAAAUGGGAACCACACCCCACAGACUGCAACACGGGGACCCUCUGCCUGUGCCAGCCACAGUUCCCUGGUGAGCUCUAUUGAGAAGGACCUGCAAGAGAUCAUGGACUCACUGGUGCUAGAGGAGCCUGGAGCUGCUGGCAAGAAGCCUGCCGCAACCUCUCCACUGUCGCCGAUGGCUAACGGUGGGCGCUACCUGCUGUCUCCCCCAACCAGCCCCGGCGCCAUGUCUGUGGGCUCCAGCUAUGAGAACACCUCUCCAGCCUUCUCUCCACUCUCUUCACCAGCCAGCAGUGGAAGCUGUGCCAGUCACUCACCCAGUGGGCAAGAGCCAGGACCUUCUGUGCCCCCGCUGGUACCUGCCCGUUCCUCCAGCUACCAUCUGGCCCUACAGCCCCCACAGUCCCGCCCAAGUGGUGCUCGCUCCGAGAGUCCUCGGCUGAGCAGGAAAGGGGGCCAUGAGAGGCCUCCCAGCCCUGGCCUCCGGGGUCUGCUGACAGACAGCCCUGCAGCUACUGUCUUGGCGGAGGCCCGGAGAGCCACUGAGAGCCCCCGGCUGGGUGGGCAGCUGCCUGUGGUGGCCAUCAGCCUGAGUGAAUACCCAGCUUCUGGUGCUCUCAGUCAACCCACCAGCAUUCCUGGCAGCCCCAAGUUUCAGCCUCCAGUCCCUGCUCCCCGAAACAAGAUUGGCACACUCCAGGACCGCCCUCCCAGCCCUUUCCGUGAGCCUCCAGGCAGUGAGCGGGUGCUAACAACCAGCCCCUCACGCCAACUGGUGGGCCGAACAUUUUCAGAUGGGUUAGCCACCCGUACCCUGCAGCCUCCUGAGAGUCCCCGCCUGGGCCGGCGGGGCCUGGACAGUAUGCGAGAACUACCCCCCUUAAGUCCGUCUCUGUCCCGGCGAGCUCUCUCCCCCCUGCCCACCCGGACCACCCCAGAUCCCAAGCUAAACAGGGAAGUGGCAGAGAGUCCUCGGCCCCGGCGCUGGGCAGCCCAUGGGGCUUCACCAGAGGACUUCUCCCUGACGCUGGGGGCACGGGGCCGUAGGACACGGAGCCCCUCACCCACACUGGGUGAGUCUCUGGCACCCCGCAAGGGCAGCUUCAGUGGCAGGCUGAGCCCAGCCUACAGUCUGGGCUCUCUUACUGGGGCUUCACCCUGCCAGAGUCCCUGUGUCCAGAGGAAGCUCUCCAGCGGGGACUUGCGGGUGCCUGUCACAAGGGAGCGGAAAAAUAGCAUCACAGAGAUCAGUGACAAUGAGGACGACCUCCUGGAGUACCACCGGCGACAGCGCCAAGAGCGGCUCCGGGAGCAGGAGAUGGAGAGGCUGGAACGCCAGCGCCUGGAGACCAUCCUGAACCUGUGUGCCGAAUACAGCCGGGCUGAUGGGGGACCUGAGGCUGGGGAGCUUCCCAGCAUUGGGGAGGCCACCGCAGCAUUGGCACUGGCAGGCAGGAGGCCCUCACGAGGCCUUGCAGGGGCCUCUGGGCGGAGCAGCGAGGAGCCUGGAGUUGCCACCCAACGCCUAUGGGAGAGUAUGGAGCGCUCAGAUGAGGAAAAUCUCAAGGAGGAGUGCAGCAGCACUGAGAGCACCCAGCAGGAGCACGAAGAUGCACCUAGCACCAAGCUCCAGGGAGAGGUGCUAGCCUUGGAAGAAGAGCGGGCUCAGGUGCUGGGGCGCGUGGAGCAGCUCAAGGUCCGUGUGAAGGAGCUAGAGCAGCAGCUGCAGGAGUCAGCCCGAGAGGCCGAAAUGGAGCGGGCACUGCUGCAGGGAGAGAGGGAGGCAGAGCGGGCACUGCUGCAGAAGGAGCAGAAGGCAGUGGAUCAGCUGCAGGAGAAGCUGGUGGCCUUGGAGACAGGCAUCCAGAAGGAGAGGGACAAGGAGAGGGCGGAGCUGGCCGCGGGACGGAGGCACCUGGAGGCCCGCCAGGCGCUCUACGCCGAGCUCCAGACGCAGCUCGAUAACUGCCCCGAGUCAGUGCGGGAACAGUUACAGGAGCAGCUAAGAAGGGAGGCAGAGGCCUUGGAGACUGAGACAAAGCUCUUUGAGGACUUGGAGUUCCAGCAGUUGGAGCGGGAGAGCCGCGUGGAGGAGGAGCGCGAGCUGGCCGGCCAGGGGCUGCUCCGGAGCAAGGCUGAGCUGCUCCGCAGCAUCGCCAAGAGGAAGGAGCGCCUGGCCGUCCUGGACAGUCAGGCUGGGCAGAUCCGGGCUCAGGCCGUGCAGGAGUCAGAACGCCUGGCCCGGGACAAGAAUGCCUCCUUACAGCUGCUGCAAAAGGAGAAGGAGAAGCUGACUGUGCUGGAAAGGAGAUACCACUCACUCACAGGGGGCAGGCCUUUCCCGAAGACCACAUCGACCCUCAAAGAGGAAUAUGUGACCCUGGCAGAAGUUUUCCAGCUGUGUUCCCGCUUGGACCCCUAUGCUUCUGCCACUUCCCCCAGUGUGCUCGCCCAGCCCCUGCCUGACAGUGAGUACGUGAUGCUUGAGCAGCUAAAGGUGAUGCGGGGCACCUCGCCCAUGCCCCCAGCACCUGUGCCAGGCCUUCCUCCCUGGGCCUCCGCCUCCCGGGACCUGGUUCCCACCACCUGCCUUCCUCCCAUGCUGCCCUCCUCCUCGUUCGCUUCCAUCACGCCUUCACCUAAGAUGGAGAAGCUGCUGCUCCCUGCUGUAGACUUAGAGCAGUGGUACCAGGAGCUGAUGGCCGGGCUGGGGACUGGCCCCGCUGCAGCCUCCCCUCACUCUUCUCCCCCGCCUCUGCCCGCCAAAGCUUCCCGUCAGCUGCAGGUUUACCGCACCAAGAUGGAUGGCGAGGCCACCAGCCCCCUUCCCCGGACCCGCAGCGGCCCCCUCCCCUCCUCCUCUGGCUCUUCCUCCUCCUCCUCCCAGCUCAGCGUGGCUACCCUGGGGCGUAGCCCCUCCCCAAAGAGCGCUCUACUCACCCAGAAUGGCACGGGCAGCCUUCCUCGCAACCUGGCAGCCACACUGCAGGACAUCGAGACCAAGCGCCAACUAGCUCUGCAGCAGAAGGGACAACAGGUGAUUGAAGAGCAGCGGCGGCGACUGGCUGAGCUGAAGCAGAAAGCGGCAGCUGAGGCACAGUGCCAGUGGGAUGCCCUUCACGGGGCAGCACCCUUCCCAGCGGGCCCCUCGGGCUUCCCCCCUCUCAUGCACCACUCUAUCCUACACCACCUGCCUGCGGGGCGGGAGCGUGGGGAGGAGGGUGAGCACGCCUACGAUACGCUGAGUCUGGAGAGCUCUGACAGCAUGGAGACCAGCAUCUCCACCGGGGGCAACUCCGCCUGCUCCCCUGACAACAUGUCCAGCGCGAGUGGUCUGGACAUGGGGAAGAUCGAGGAGAUGGAGAAGAUGCUGAAAGAGGCUCACGCAGAGAAGAACCGGCUCAUGGAGUCGAGGGAGCGGGAGAUGGAGCUGCGGCGGCAGGCCCUGGAGGAGGAGCGGCGGAGGCGUGAGCAGGUAGAACGGAGGCUGCAGAGUGAGAGUGCCCGGAGGCAGCAGCUGGUCGAGAAGGAGGUCAAGAUGCGGGAGAAACAAUUUUCCCAGGCACGACCCCUGACCCGCUACCUGCCAAUCCGGAAGGAGGACUUUGACCUGAAGACACAUAUUGAGUCAUCAGGCCAUGGUGUUGAUACCUGCCUGCACGUGGUGCUCAGCAGCAAGGUCUGCCGUGGCUACUUGGUCAAGAUGGGCGGCAAGAUUAAAUCAUGGAAGAAGCGCUGGUUUGUCUUCGACCGGCUCAAGCGCACCCUUUCCUAUUAUGUGGACAAGCAUGAGACGAAGCUGAAGGGAGUCAUCUAUUUCCAGGCCAUUGAGGAAGUGUACUACGACCACUUGCGCAGUGCAGCCAAGAGCCCGAACCCAGCCCUCACCUUCUGCGUAAAGACCCAUGACCGGCUGUACUACAUGGUGGCCCCAUCUGCAGAGGCCAUGCGUAUCUGGAUGGAUGUCAUUGUCACAGGGGCUGAGGGCUACACUCAGUUCAUGAACUAACUGCCAUGGGCCUCCUGGCAGAGCACAACUGGGGCUUUUGUAUAAGAAGACUUUAAUAUUCUGUAAGGAGCUUGGUCCUGUGAGUUUCUGGGCUCUGGCCUCCUGAAGAACCAGCCAGAAGAAGAAAAGUGGAGGUGGCUUUGCUGCCUCCUGGGAGCCCAGAACUUGCAGUAACCCUUUAGGGUCCUGCCCCAGGCCCAGCCAGGGCUGAGGAGCUGUCACAGAGAGGGCCUCAGCUCCGACCUGACACCUGCUCUCCCCAGCCUGUUUUCUCUUUUCUAAAAGACAAAUUAUGGUACCAUAAGCUGCCAAAGAUCCCCUCCUGCCUCAGACCCCUUUGCCAGGGGCUUUGGGGGCUGAGCAGAGCCACAUCCAGAGUGGGGUAAUAGCUCAGGCGGCCCGCUUCCCAUUUCUCAAACCCCGCUCUGCCCCAUUGUUCUCCUUUCCCUUAUACUUUUUAUUACCUUGCUCAAGGGCCAGAAAUCUCAAGUGUCAACCUGGAGGUCCCAGCUCCAUCCCCUAGUUGCAGACUCAUCACCAUGGUUACCAUAGUGACUGCUUCAUUGCCAUGGUUACAUACUAAUUGCUGCAGCUCUGUGGCCCAGCCCACUGCUUCAGCUGUGGGCCAUCUGAGGGUACCUGCCAUCAUCUCUCCAGCCCAGGCCCCUGGGCAUCUCAUGCUGGGGGGAAGGGACUGAACACCGUUUUCCUUCCCCCUGCCUGUGUCUUCAGCCCUGAUGCACAGGCUGCCAGCCCCCCAGUCCAGCCCUCUCCCUUCCACUGGUGCCUUGCUUAGAGCCAGAAGGGAUGAAGCCGGGGGAUCUAUGGAACAGAGGAGGAGCGAUGCAGUUGGGAGAGGAAGCUAGAAGGGUUGUGGUUGGAGUUCUGUACAGGGUUGAGUUUCCGACAGGGAAAGAGGAUUCCUCCAAUGCUUCUAGAGAGAAAGCCUGAGCAGGAGAUGAUGCAGCAGAGGGGAAGGGCCCUGUGGUGCCGCCGCCCUUCCUUCAGCCUCCGAAGGGUGAUGGAAAUGGAGAGUGGAGGACCAGGCCUCCAGCUGUCUGGCCUCGCCCUUCACGCCUUAACACUAAGCCCACCUCCCCUGCUCUCCUUCCCAGCAUUGAGCCCUUGGUUGCCUGGGCCCAGGCUGGGGGUUUUCAGUAUUUGUAAGCAUUUCAGCAGAACAAUAAAGCCUUUGGACUACGGAA